AUGCCUGGUCAGUGGUCUACCAAGCUUUACCUUCUCGGCUGUUUGCAGGCCGUCCCUGCUCUCGCGAGCAUCCAGUGGUCACCAUGCACAGCAAAUCCAUCCCUAGAUUGCGCAACCCUCACAGUGCCGCUCGAAUACACUGAUCCAGGAAACGGGAAGUUGGCGUACAUUCCAUUAGCUCGCUACAAUGCCACCGUCCCUAAAUCCCAGCGCAAAGGCUCCCUUCUCACGAACCCAGGCGGUCCUGGAUCUGCCGGAACCGAUUUCCUCUUAAAUGGCGCGGGAAAGGGGAUGUCCAACAUCACAGGCGGCUUCUAUGACAUAGUGUCUUGGGAUCCACGCGGGACGGGCUCUGCACGACCUCUCCUUCAAUGUUUUGACACGGCAGGCGAGGAAGCUGACGCAUCUGCCGCGAUUCCCGCAGCGGCUGAGAUAGAGUAUAGCCAAUUCCGCAACCAAAGCUACAUGCCCUCAUAUUACACGGCGCUGAAGGACUAUGACAACGCCAUUGCGGAGCUUGCCGGCGCAUGUGCUGACCACAAUUCCCCUGCAUUAUACACAUCCAGUACAUCCUAUGUCGUCCGUGAUAUGGCAGCUAUCAUCGAUGCCCUAGAAGGAACAGACAAUGCAACCCUGAACUACUGGGGCUUUUCAUAUGGAACUAUCCUCGGUGCCGAAUUCAUCCAGACUUUCCCGGAAAGAGUCGGGAAGAUUAUCUUUGACGGUGUUUUCGAUCCUGCCGCGAAUGCGCGACCAUAUACUAGUCAGCUGCCCAAUGAUGAGUUAUAUGUGCGGGAUUCUAUCAACGAUCUGGCUACAUUCUGUACCCAGGCGGGCGAAGAUGGCUGUUCUUUGAGUAAAGCUCCAGGAAAUCGCACUACGGACAUCGCAACGCGCCUUGCUAAUUUACAAGCAUCACUAUAUGAGAGCCCUAUUGAGGUAUCGGACGGAUCAUUCUCCAUUACAGUUGGGAUGUUCAGCUUUUUUAUGUAUUCCUACUUGAAACUACCCAGCUCAUGGCCCGCUGUCGUAUCGGCAGUGAGCGCGCUCGAGCAAGGAAAUGCCGACCCGGUCGCCAGCCUCCUGACAGGUGCAGCUGGUCCAGAAGUGAACGCCAGUGCACCUGAUACGGGCUCUUUCGCUGGAUGGCCUAUCCAGUGCACCGAUAACGCCCCCUCCAACCAUACCACAUUACCUGAACUUGCGCAAUUAGUCCUCAACAUCUCUCUCGCUGAGCAGACCCCAUGGUUGAAUGCAGAUCUGUCCACUUCAUCCUUCUGUCGCAAUUUCCCAAAUACCCGCCCCAAACUUCCGAACCUAGGAGCCUCAAAGCUCAUUAGCGGAGAGACCAACGCCAUCCUCACUAAGCAGAAUACUUCGGUUUUGAUUGUUAAUGGGCUGCACGACGCUAUUACUCCUAUAAACUCUGCGGUACGCCUACACCGCUGGCUUCCUACUUCAUCUCAGCUAGCGGUUAGACGGGGACCCGGCCAUACCACAAUCAGUCUUGGUUCUUUAGGACUGACGAAUACGAUCCGCGAGUAUCUCCUCGAUGGAGCUCUCCCGGCUACGACGGAGGUGUAUGACGUGAGUCAGGAAAUAUUGUCCUCCUCAAUUGAUGCGAGUACAAUUACCCCUGAUCCUGUGUUUAAUGGGACCUAUAGUGACCGUGAGAGGAUGCUGUUGGAGUCCACCUAUGACAUUUACCUGGCUUUUGUGAGCUUGCCAUAG